ACAAAACAAACCAACCAACCAGACGAUUUUCCUCUAUUUCUCUCCGCCGUCGCCUUUGAGUUUCUCCGUCUCCGUCUCUGUCUCCGCCCCCGUCUCCGGUCCGAGCCGCCCCCGCCUCCUCUUUCCAUGAUUGCCGGACCCGGCCCGGCCAAUGCCGAACCCGUGGAAGAAGGCGCGGGCCGCCGGGCUCUCCCGGCUCGUCUCCGGCAUCGGUCGGCCCGAGCGCGGCGCCUCCCUCGUCGUCCAGACCGGCUUCCCCACCUCCCUCGCCGACCUCGUCGUCAAGAAUCGUGACCGCCUUAAGAAGCCUUCCCGCAAGAAGACCACCUCCCCCUUCCCUAGGGCUCCGGCCACCGUCGCCGGCGACGAUCCCGGUCCUCUUACCGCAGUUCAUAGAUCCAGGGCUGGCCGCGAUGGAGUCUUGGAAGAAGCCCCCUGCGCUCCGCUUCCCAAAUCCACGGAGAUCGAGGGCAACGGGACCGGGUCCGGAUUUGCGCUUCUGGUGGUGAAUUUGGUGGUUCUAAUGGCUCUGUCCAUCGAAAGGAGGAAGCUUGUCGCCGGGAUCACGGUCUCGGCGUUUUCCCUUCUUUUGCUCGAUUUCAUGGGGUUCCAGGUGUUUGCGUUCCUGAAGCCGUGCUCGAAUGCGAGGAGGAACUUGAAUUCGGUGAUUGGAGGGUUGGAUUUGGAGGGGAGAGAGCGGGUUUCUCCGAUAAGAGAAGUUGGGGUCGAUGGCCGCCUGGAUUCUAUGCCAUCCGACAGAAGUUGGGAGGAAUCUUCCAUCGAUUCGGAUCAGCGGAGGCAGAUUUUGCCGGAAAGGAGGGAUCUUGCUGUUGGCCUAAAUGUUGUUUCUUCUGGUAAUUCAAAGGGGAAGAAGCUCUGGAAGAAGUUUGUCCCGAAGAAGCUUCGUAGGAGUAGAAAAGAUAAAGAUGAAAAGGAACUUGACUCGAAUUCUAGUUCGAUUUCGAGCAGAAGAAGAGAGUUUGAUGGAAUCAGAGGAGUGGAUGAAGUGAUCCAUGGAGCAGGAGAUGAGGAAGAUGGCAAUUGUCUUGGCUUCAUUACGUCCACUGAGGUUACAAAUUUUGUUAAAGAAGAGGUUGUGGAUGUGAACCGAGAAAUUGUUCUUGAGACUAAAUCAGGAUCUCAGCGGUAUGUUUUCUUUGUGAUAGUUCUUUUUGGGCUUGUCGGAGGGAAGGCUGCGGCGGUCGUUCUAACUAUGUCUUGGUGUCUGUUUAUCAAAUUAACUCAAACCGUGCAGAAGAAAUGAAACAUGCACGGGGCUGAUUUCAAGUUUUUUGAUGUGUUGUGCAUUAGUGGAAGGUUUUUUGGUCUCUGAAGUUGGGAAGGCUUCUGUAUGUAUCGAUGUAUCAUCACUUCUCACGAUCGAAUGCUCAGCUCAACCUUGGGUUGAUGAUUUGUGUUGCAAAGUUUGUAUAAGAUAUUGUCCACAAAAAAGUAAAAGGAAAAUUGCAAUUGUUUAUUUAUUCCU